AUGGCUGGCGUAGCAAAACUUUUUGAUGGUCAUAUUCUAAAUAAAUCAAAAGAAUUAGUUGAUCUUAAUGAUGAAAAAUAUAAAGACAAAGUAAUUGGUCUUUAUUUCAGUGCUCAUUGGUGUCCACCAUGUCGUAGUUUUACUCCAGUAUUGGUUGAAUUUUAUAAAACACAUGCAGAAGAAAAAAAAUUUGAAAUCAUAUUUAUAAGUUCCGAUAAUGAUGAAGAUUCAUUUAAUGAAUAUUAUAAUGAUAUGCCUUGGUUAGCAUUAGAUUAUAAUGAACGUACAAAAGCAGAAGAAAUAGAAAAAAAAUUUAAUGUUACCGGAAUUCCAAAAUUCGUUCUACUUGAUGGAAAUUCAGGAGAUACUAUCUGCACUGAUGCAAGAAAUCGAGUUCAAUCAGAAGAUACCAAAGGAGAAAAUUUCCCAUGGAAAUCAUCAUAA